AUGGCAGGUGGCAGUCCAGCAGCCAAGAGGGUAGUGGUGUACCGGAAUGGGGACCCCUUCUCCCCAGGCCACCAGCUGGUGGUGACUCAACACUGCUUCCCCACCCUGGAGACCUUCCUCUGUGAGGUGACACCGGCUGUGCAGGCCCCACUGGCCGUGAGUGCUCUCUACACGCCUUGUCGUGGCCACCCUGUCACCGACCUGGCAGACCUGCAGAACGGAGGGCAGUAUUUGGCUGCUGGCUUUGAACGAUUACGCAAGCUCCCCUGUUUACACCUUAGAGGGGAGGAUCCAGGUGGGAAGAGCAGCAGACUACCAGGCCCUCCUGUGAUUCAGCAGCCAUGUGAUGGGCCCCUUGGACAGCGGCUACCUGCAGGUUCCCCCUGCUAUAUCCAUGUGUUCAGGAACGGGGACCUGUUAAGCCCCCCAUUUAGCCUGAAGCUGUCCCAGGCUGCCUUCAAGCACUGGGAAGCAGUGUUGAAACUCCUGACUGAGAAGGUGAAAUUACAGAGCGGGGCUGUGCGCAAACUCUGCACCCUGGAAGGGCUCCCACUGUCAGCAAGGGAGGCUCUGGUGAGCGGCUAUUACUAUGUGGCUGUUGGAGAGGAUGGUUCAAGGCCCUCCUCCAUCUGCUGCCUGUCCCUCACUGCCCAGGGGCUAAUGGCAACCCCCAGACCCAAAGUCCAGGCUCCACAAGCAGGAGGACGCCUGAUGAAGAGGGAGCAGGGAGGGAGGAUGCAGGCUAUGAAGAUGGAUCGCAUCUCCUCUUCCAAGCUCCCACCAGGAGCAUUCAAACCUGGACUGGGAGUGGAGAAGGUAAGGACAGCCUGCACCCACGGCUCAAGCCCAGUGUUCCCUCCACAGGCCCAUGGCCACAGAGCACAGGCAACCCAGUCCUCUACAAAGGAAGCCAGGCCAAUUGAGCCAUCUGCUUUUUAUGCCAGCCCCCAGCAAGCUUUUCAGCAUGCCCCCCACUCUCUUGAGGGGAUCCAAGAAUCCAAGGCCUCCUCUCUUCCCACAUUAGGAGUCAAGGGAGUGUAUGGGGCUCCCCAUGCAAGGACAGAGACAGCAGGGGCCCAGGGAGUAGCACAUGAUGAAGCCACCUGGACAGAGGAGCCCCUGGAUCAGAGGGCAGCACAGGUAGUGGAAGAGGCCCUGAUCCUGGAAAGCCGGCAGGAUCUGGGGCAGCUCUCUCGGCCUAGGGCCUCCCCUGGGCUCACAGGGUGCGCUGCAGCCCCUCAGUCCCUCUUCUGCCCCUAA